AUGUCACGGCCGCAUAUCGCCUCCGGCGAGGAUACAGUCCAUCGUUUUGGCCCUAGCUCCUUUAAAUUGCAAAGUUUACCAGUACCGAGAGCUGGCCAAGUUCUGGGCCUCGUGGGAAAUAAUGGCAUUGGGAAAACUACUUCACUUAAUCUUUUGUCUGGGAAAAGGAAACCUAAUUUGGGACGAUUUAAUACUCCUCUCGAUUGGAAUGAAAUUUUGCAUCAUUUUAAAGGAACUGAGCUGCAUAAUUACUUCACCCGUGUUAUUGAAAAUAAUUUGAAGGCUACCAUCAAAGGCCAGUACGUCUAUUGCAUGACUGAUGUUCUUCAAGGCAACGUUGGGCAACUUCUUUCUCGGAGAGAUGACAGGGAUAUGAAACAAGAACUUGCUGCUGACCUUGACUUGCUUAAAAUUAUGGACCGUAAUUUGGGAUAUUUAUCAGGUGGAGAGCUUCAGAGGUUUUCAAUAGCUUUUGCUGCUACACAUAAUGUAGAUAUCUAUUUGUUUGAUGAGCCAUCAACUUAUCUUGAUGUUAAACAAAUAUUAAAAGCCGCCCAAAUUGUCAGAUCCUUGGUUCGACCGAAUAACUAUGUGAUUGUGGUAGACCAUGACCUUAGCGUGCUUGAUUAUUUGUCGGAUUUCAUAUGCUGCCUUUAUGGGAAACCUGGUGUAUAUGGGGUAGUUACUCUUCCGUUCUCUACCAGAGAAGGAAUUAAUAUUUUCCUGACUGGAUUUGUGCCAACCGACAAUCUUCGUUUUAGAGAUGAAUCUCUUACGUUUAAGGUUGCAGAGACUCCACAAGAAAGUGAUGAGGAAAUCGAAACAUGUGCAAGAUACACGUAUCCAACCAUGACUCUGGUUCAUGGAAGAACAUUCAGGCUCAAGGUCGAGGAGGGUGAAUUCACCGAUUCACAAAUUAUUGUGCUGCUCGGAGAAAAUGGGACAGGAAAGACAACCUUCCUACUUCCUAGAGAUGCUGGUACAUUUGUUGCUGGCCUUUUGGAGCCUAGUUCAGUAAGAGAAUGUGAUGUGGAAAUUCCUAAGUUCAAUGUCUCUUACAAGCCACAGAGAUUCGGUACUGCAAAUGAGUAUACCGUUAGAAGUAUGUUCCUUUCAAAAAUUCCCCGUUCAUGCAUGGAUCCUCAGUUUGUAUCCGAUGUGAUGGAGCGUCUAUCGAUUGAAAAACUGAUGGAUAAAAAGCUUGCAAAUCUUUCUUGGGGAGAAUUACAUAAAGUUGCCCUCACUUAUUGUCUUGGAAAGCCAGCUGAUAUAUAUUUGAUAGAUAAACCGAGUACAUAUCUUGACUCAGAGCAACGUAUCGUUGCUUCAAAAGUCAUAAAGAAUUUCAUACGUCGUGCGAAGAAGACUGCGUUUGUUGUGGAGCAUGAUUUCACCAUGGCAACAUACCUUGCUGAUAGGAUGAUUGUGUGCGAGGGGAAGACAUCGGUUGAUUGUGUUCCCGAUUCGCCUCAAUCAGUAUUGACCGGAAUGAAUCGCUUCUUAUCUUAUCUGGAUGUCACACUCAGAAGGGACCCCGAAAAUUUUAUGCCGAGAAUCAACAAACACGAGUCGAUCGAGGAUCGGGAGCAGAAGUCCUCUGGAUCUUACUAUUAUAUGGAUGACUAACUUGCUUAAUGGUGCCGCCUCUUGUGCACG